AUGGUUUAAGAUUUUCUCGAAAGAAAAAAUCUUGACAACCCAAAUACUUAUCCUAAUAUCUUAAAUAUAAGAAUAGAUGACGCUAACGAUAUAAUUACAUGCAUUGAAAUAAGUCGUUCUUCAAAUAUAAUUUUAUGUGGAACCGAAGAUUCCUAAAUAUUACUUUAUGAUUUAUAUUAUUAGGAAAGUUUUUCUGAAAAUCAAAGCAUGAUAUAGAAUAUAUUUGAUAAUAUGCAAAACACUAGCUAAAAAGAUCCUUUAAUAAAAUUAAAAAGUAAAUUCUAAGGUCAUGAAGACACUAUAACUUCUUUAAGUAUUUUAUACAACGAAAAUUUUUUUAUUUCCUCUUCUACGGAUUUAAGUAUACGUUUAUGGGAUAUAAGAAUGGUGGUCUGUAUAUAAAUUUUCAAAGGACAUCUAUCAACAAUUUGGUAGUGUAAAUUUGCACAUUAAGGUUUCCUUUUUGCUUCUUGUUCUGCUGAUAAUACUGCUAUAAUAUGGUCUACGAACUCUAUUUAUCCACAUAGGGUUUUCGUAGGGCAUUCCAGGGAUGUUAUUUUGGCAGAAUUCAGCUUUUCUUUAUCACAUUUAAUUACUGCGGGAUUGGAUUUUGUUGUGAAGUUUUGGAAAAUUAAAACUUCGUAAUGUGUAUUGAGUGUUUAAUUUGCUUCAUAAAUUACUGCUUUGAAAAUUUCAUAUAGUGGAGCUUAUUUGGUUAUUGGAUAGGAAAAUGGAGAUAUUAGAAUUUGGGAUUUAAUUAAUGUAGAAUAAGAAAAAUGUGUUCAUAUUUAAAACAUUUUUAGUAGAGAUCCUAUUAGAUUUGUAGAUAUUUCUUUUGAUGAAAAUACUGUUAUAGCAGGGACUGAUAAGUUAUUGGCUUAUUAUUACGUUUAAGAUUUUAAAUCUAAUACUGGAAAUGAUGUAUAUGAAGAUUUCUAUAUUGGAGAAUAAGAAUUUAUACAAAAAAUGAAUGAUUAAAGAUUUGAUGGAAUCGAACCAAAAGAAAUAUUUGAAAUUUAAAAAAUUAAAAGCGAAAAAUAUUUAAGAGCUUAAAUGCAUAAUAGAAAUUUUAUAUUAGCAAUUUCGAAAUAAUCGAAUAUAAAUUGA